GGGUCUGGCCUGUCAGGACCCAAAGAAGCAUUUGGUUCCAUCAGGGAAUUGGACCCGGACUGAACUGAGUUUGGAGGUCAGAGGAACUGUCAGAACCAUCAGAACCUCAUUUAAGCCUAAGAUUAGCUUUUUCACCUUAAUUAAGUUUAAAAUAUAUUUAUCGUCUUAACACAUUAUUAAUUCAGAUUUUAGCCUGACUGAAUCCAGAACCAGAACCCAGCCUGAGUAGAACCACAGAAUAAUAAUAAUAAAUACAAACUGAAUAUUAAUGUGCAGAAACAGCAUAAUGCUGCCAGAACUGGAGCCGAUUAACACCAGACAGAACACGAAACUCCUACGGAUCCAGAGGACAUGUAAACACCACACAGAGGACGCCGGUUCUGCUCCGGGUCCAACAGAACCGGCUCCAUCCGGACCGCUGUCAGCCCUUACUGCUGUGGGGGAGCCAGGGGAGGGGCUUCUGUCUGAUUGGCUGCAGGGGGCUGCUGGGGGCGUGGCCUGGAGGGGGCGGGGCCUCCCGGCCGUCCUCCUCCCCUUCAGACAGCAGGUCGCUGAUCUGCUGCUGCAGCUCCGGACUCACUUCGUUCUCGGCCAGAACAAGAACCCGAAGGCUGGUGGGAUAGUUCUCCACCAUGUCCAGGAACACCUGCAGCACAGAACCAGAACCGGCGCUGUCAGCCUGCUGAGGAAGAGGAGCAAGAAUAUGGUGAGAAGCUGCAGCUGCUGACCUGCGCUGACUGGUUGGUCAGUCCGGUUCCCUCCAGGUCCAGAACCUCCAGGGUUCUACUGGAUGCCACAGCAACUGCUAGCAUGGCCGCAAUCUGGUCCCCUACAGACAGAACCGGACCCAUCAGAACCAGAGCCAAACAGGUUCAGGUUCUGGUUCUGGUUCCGGUUCCUUACCCAGUGGGUUGUAGUCCAGGUUGAGGACCCGGAGCUGGGAGCUGUGAGCCACCGCCACCGAGAACCGGGCCCAGGCCUUGGUGCUGAUCCGUGGGUUGGCGCUGAGAGUCAGCUCCCUGAGACCUGGAGGGGCGGACCAGACCGGACCAGACCGGAACAGUACUGGUGUGUCAUCAUCAGCUCUAGGAGGAUGUGGUGCGUUCAGGACCCCUGGGGGAACGAGCCUCAGUCCUACCUGAUUUGGCUCCGUCUGGUGGCAGCAUCCCGCAGAUCAGCGCCAGCGCCACGUCCCCCAGCAGGCAGUCGCCCAGGUCCAGGCAGACCAGCGCUGGGUGGGCGGCCAGCGCCGGGUUCAGGGCCUCCAGGCCGGCGUCCAGCAGCGGGCUGCCGUGGAGGCUGCAGGGGGGCGGCACAAGCCGUCACUGACCAAUCAGGCCUGCCCGGCCAAUCAGGAGGCGGAUACUCACAACAGCGUCUGCAGAGAGCGGUUGGCCGCCAAGGCGUCCGCCAGGUGGCUCGCGCGGCCGAUGCUGGAGACCACGCCCAGAUUGAGGUUAAGCUGCGCCAGGCAGCGCGAGGCGGCCACGCCGCGGCAGAGCCGCCCGAAGUCCCGGUCCGACAGCCGGCAGCCGCGGACCGACAGCAGCCGAACUCCGUCCUCCCGCAGCCGGUCGCAGAUAUCCUGAACCUCGACCGCCGACAGCGGUUCCCCGCUGACCUGGAUGGAGGCCGCCAGCAUCCGGAUUGGGAGCACUGGGAGGACUGGGUGGGGGGAAGGGAGGUUACUGGGUCAGCUGGAACAGAAGCAAACACAAACCUUCUGAGGAAUCAGAACCAGAACAUCCAGAACCAGAAGCAGCACAGGGAUCACAAGGUUCUGAGGCAGACCGGUUUCGGUUCUGGUCCGGUGGUUCAUCAUUUCACCAUGGAUCUGAUCAGAACCUGGAGAAUGUCAAUAACGUCUCCAGAACCUCCGCUGACCUCAGAACCGAACCGUGCCGAGCCAAUCAAAGAGCAGGACCAGCUCAUGGACCCUCUGAUUGGUUCUCCUCUCAAUCAGUCAAUUAACCUGAGAUCGAUCAGCUCACGCGCUGAGCGGGCACACAGUCACGCGCUGAUGUCAUUAUUCCACGGUUCCGCCGGAAGCCAGAGGAGGUUCGGCUCCAACGGGACGGCGGGCGUCAGAACCGGUUCUGAUUCCGACCCGGGCGGUAUGGGAGGCCUGGGACUCCUGCAGCCAGGCAGCAGCGCUGUUGGUCGGGCAGAGGGAGUCCGGGCGCCCGGUGUGUUCCUGCAGGGCUGCGUCUCGUGGAUGGAAGUGUGCCGCUCAGCUAUGGGACCAGAGAGAGUGCUGCCGAGCUCAGAGGACGAGCUGGGGGAGGACGAGCGUCCGGUGGACGGGGCGGUGCUGCCUGCGGUGGAGGACGGAGUGGAGGAAGAGGAGGAGGAGGAGAGCGGCGGGUACUACUACCAGCCUCUGAACCAGGACCCGGACGGACCCGGGGAGCCGGAGGAGGAGGACAGGGGGGACACGUCCCACUCGGAGCAGCUGCAGCAGCUGCAGCACAGGAUAGAGGUGAUGGGUCUGCACCUACCUGAAGCUCCGCCCCCAGACAGCGACGAGGAGGACCCGGAGGAGGCUGCGGCGCAGAGGAGCCGAGCGUCCAUCCCCAUGGAUCCAGCCCAUGUGGAGCUUGUGAAGAGGACGAUGGCGGGCGUGGCGCUGCCCUCGCUCGGCGUGCCGCCCUGGGCGCAGCAGAUCUCUGACACCCAGUGGAGCGAUCUGGUCCAGAACGCGCUGCAGGAGCGCCAGAGUUCUGCCGGGCUUCGGAUGCUGCGCCGGAACCACGUCCCCUGAACACACCGCUAUCCCUACAGGACCCUGAACGCACCGCCAGCAGCUGCAGCCUCGCUGCUCCUGGUUCUGAUCUGAUCCAGAUAACUGUUUACUGAUUCUUUCUUCUUCUGUGGUUUAGUCUGGACCAGCUUCCUUCCCAUCUCAUUACUCUCAUGUUUCCUGUUGUGUGUAGAAACAGGAAGUGGUCAUACAUGUGGGUGGGAUCUGCUUUAUUUCUGCUGUACAUGAACAUCUGUACAAAUCACCAUGUGAUGCUCAAUAAACAUCUGGAACAGCGA